CGCCCAUUAGCUUUAUACCUUAUCCACCGUACACUUAACAACGUCCCAUAAAAUAACCAAUUUGCAUCACCUGCAACUAUCGCCAAAGUAAAUCCCGAACGACCAUCUGACUGGCCGCAUGACCAUCCCAGCCGCUCAUCCGCCCAACCCUGCAACCCUCCUUGCAAGAUGGUCCGUUCUCUGCUUUAGUCGCGGUCUGAUCCGCGCGGGAGCAACGCUUGCCACAUUCUUCCCUCCUGGCAAUCCCAUCUACAUGCGACUAAACCAGUCACAUGGCAAGUCGGAGCAUCGGGUUCUCCCAAGCUCUAAACCUUCCCGCCCUCUACCGCUGAGACACCCAUCCACUACGUGUGCGGGGUUGGUAGAUCGGUCGGGUGUCGAUCCGGCUGAGUACAUCUACUGCUCUUAUGUUGGAGUGAAACUGCAAGUAUUGGUCUGAUUAGGACCUGAUCUGGUCCUUAGGCGUCAGGCGACCCUCGGACACACCACUCAGUGGACUGGACAGGCAGUUCCCAGCUGCAGUUGGCCAGUGUGGUCU